UUUGCCCAUGUUUGGUAACUUAUAGUGAACUCGUAAGAUAAGUAGCUUUUUUAGAUUUGUGGCUCAGUUGUGGUUGUGAAGACUAGGAAAAGUCGAUGAUAAUAUCAGUUUCUUGCUGAGCUCUGCCUGAUAUAUAACUGAGUAAAGGCUCACCAAACAACGGGUAGAAUCAGAUGCUAAAAGUCAAAAUAGGCUGAAAAAAUACAAACUCAAGCUUUUUCUAUAAACUGGCUGUUCAGACAUCUACUAUUGACUGGAGUAUCUCUGGUUGUUCAGACAUCUACAAGUGGUUUUGUUCAGUUGAUAGCUGUAUUUGGCAUCAAGAUGCGAGCACUUUUCACUAUUUUGGCUUUGGUGGUUCUGCCAAUAUGCCUUGGCUGCAAUAGCACCCUGAAUGGAACAUCUGGAACAUUGACAUCCCCAGACUACCCCUUAAAGUAUCCAGAUAACCAGAAUUGCCUCACCAAGAUAACAGUACCCAUGGGAAAAGUGAUUAAACUGGAAUUUGCAACGUUCUUUUUGGAAAAGGCGGAUCAAUAUAACAACUGUAUUUUUGACUAUGUUGAGAUAUAUGAUGAAAAGACUAUCAAGAAGUACUGCGGAAAUUCAAUACCUCCCAAAUUUAUUUCAAAGAAUAACACCCUUAACGUAAAAUUUUUCAGUGACGCUUCAAUUAGAAAAAAAGGAUUCUCAGCAUCAUAUCUUGCUACAGACCCUCCACCACCACCGCCAUCGGCAACAGUGAAUGCAAAGAACUGUGGCACCACGAAAGUUGCUCAAUCCAGAGUUAUUGCUGGUCAAAAUGCAACCAAAGGUGCUUGGCCAUGGCAGGUUGGACUUUACACAAAAUACGGGACCUUAUUCUGUGGUGGAUCUCUCAUUGCACCAAAUUGGGUUGUCACUGCUGCUCAUUGCCUUGAAGGCUCAAAGCCAGCAGAUAUCAAGAUCAAAGCCGGUGAUCAUAAUACACAACUAAAUGAAGGAACAGAACAGCAGGUUGAUGUUGAGAAAGUGAUUUCACAUCCAAGAUAUCAUGUUGGGCAAUCUGCAGAUGGCUGUGUUUACCAUCGGCUCAACAACGAUGUCGGCUUAUUGAAGCUUGCAAAUCCUGUUAUACUUAAUGAUAAUGUCAACACAGUUUGCCUUCCACCACAAGGACAGAAUGUUCCCGUUGCAACCCGUUGCUACAUUACUGGCUGGGGGAAAAUCAAGCAUCCUGGGGACAGCUACCAUUUACUGCAACAAACAAUGCUCCCAGUUGUUGAUUCAGCAGUAUGCCAAACUAAGAUCGACCAAGUAAAAUAUGAUUUGAAGAUGUCCAACCAAAUGGUUUGCGCAGGUGAAGAGGGUUCCAAGAAAAGCGGCUGUCAUGGUGACAGUGGUGGUCCAUUUGUUUGCAUGGACGUAUCCGCCAAUAAGUACAUCUUGCAAGGUGACGUAAGCUGGGGCUCAGGUCGCUGUGAUACAGCCGAUGUCUUCACAGUGUUUGGCCGUAUGUCUGAGUUCAGGCAGUGGAUUGAUGACACACUCAAGACAAACUGAAAUGAGAAUGAACUCAUAAAAACAGGUUUCUACACUAUUAAAAGCAGACUGAAGACUCUUUGUCGUUUGAUCAAUCCCCAAAAGUUUUUUCAUUUAUAUUUGAUUUUACAAACCUAUACAGAAUAGUUGCUACACACAAAUGUCUUUUUU